AUGGUCGGUUAUGUUAACGUUCUCGACGGUGAUUUUAUCCUUGAAGAUCGGGAAGAGGAAGAUCCAGAGUACUACUAUGGAUCGGACUCCUGGGGUAUGGACUACCCUGAUGUUGUGCCUUAUGUUGAUGGCCGCGAUCUUAGACUCGAGUCUAAGGAACUUUUUCUUUCUAUACUAGAUCGAAAUGUGGAGAGAACAGCGAGGAUCACUGAGCUUGAGUAUAAAGAGAACCAGUAA